UCUUGGAUGAGCUGCAUUUGCUUUUCUUUGAUUUCCUCCGAAAGAACCCAAUAUCCACUAACCGAAAUCACCGCCCCAUCUCCUUUGAUCCUCCCUUCAUCCGUGACCACAUGUCCGUGAUUCAACCCCCUCCAGACAACUCCAGUGGACCAACUCCCCAGCAAGCCUUGGCGUUAACCUCCAGUAGAAAUGCCCAUGUUUCCCGCACUGAAGCAACCACGAUCGUCUCUCUCCCUUCGUCCGUUUUCUCCUCUAGUCCAGCGCCACACGUCUGCGUCUCCACCACCUCUUGCGCCGAAGUCAGCUCAUCAUCUUUCCUUCGGCUUGUUUGUUGAUCGAAGUCCCUCACGCCUGCUGCUCCUCUGUCACGAAGACAAGCAGCAACCGAAGCUCCUCCUUCCUCUAUGUUCCCCUCGGUCAAACCCAACAAAGUCUCAUUCUCCCAAGCGUUGACGUCCGCAGCUCCAUGCCAGCUGCUCCUUUGCUAGUUCCACUUGCGCACAACCCAGCCCCAUUUCCAGUGGCCCCUGCAGAAGCUAGGUCUGAAGCUUAGCCUUGGCUGAGUUGUCUUGGGCCAUUUUUGGCCUGGUCCAAGCUUCCGUUGGCGUCGUCGUAAGCCCGAGUUUCGGCCGUUGUCGCGGUGAACCGGUUUUCGCGCUAAACCAUCUAUGUUGCGGAAAGCUCCCGAGGGGAGUCCCGCUUUCCAUGAAUAAAGGCCGUACGUUGACAUCAUUGCACGCAUCAGACAAGAACAUUUGAACCGGGGGGAGAUGCUUCCGCACACUCCUGAACAAACACGGCGUCUUGAAGAGGAUGGAACUCCCAUUUCGCUGGGUCCCACGCGCUGCCUGCUGCGGGGAAAACAAUUUGGUCGACUAUUCGGCAACCUCGUACUCGGGUCGAAACCUGCCCGUACUUUUGAAUGGUCAUGGACGACAAAUCUCUCACAACCUUGUCAUUUGUCUGUUACCUCCGACUUGGUACGAAACAAAUUAAAACCCGACGACUCCGCCGCCAUGGGUUUCACGGAUGCCUUCUGUAGUUUUGUUGGCGAUGGCCCUCCGCACGUUGGGUCAACUCAAAAACCCGAAGAACAGAAGUAGAAGAGAAAUUUCAACUUUGAAUUCAACGCACGUUUCUUUGUGUUGAUUUUGUCUCCGAGAAGUCGUAGACCUCGUGUCAUGAGCUGCAACACCUAAAAUGGGUGGCCAUUGAAACUCCCCUGUCUCACCCUGAAAAGUUUCCACUUGUGUUCUUGAUUCUCCCUGUCUCCGGAGCUAUGCUCGGGGCAUUUGUCAAUGGUGGAAUGCCCUUCAGCGGCAAAGACAGAGGAAGUUUCUUCCUUUUCUCCUUGUUCUUCGUGUCGUCAUCCCUGUUCUGGUGUUCUCGUGCAGCAAAUUCAAUCUCGCAAGGGCAGUUUGUCGGCAAGGACGAGACUCUAAUUUCUUCUUCGGGGAACUUCGAACUGGGGUUCUUUAGCCCUCAGAAUUCGUCUCGUAGAUAUGUUGGUAUUUGGUACCGCAAGAUGAGUGUUAACACAGUCGUGUGGGUUGCGAACAGAGAUAGCCCUGUUUCUGAUGAAUCUGGAGUUUUGACAGUUUCAGGUGAUGGAAAUUUGGUAGUUUUAGACGGUAAUAAUCGCACAGUUUGGUCUAGUGGCAUUAAUUCAUCCUCGGUGCGGACCAACUCAACAGCUGUUUUGAUGGAUACUGGAAAUCUUGUUCUUUUGGCCAGUGCAGAUGCUGGCUCUGCUAGUGCUUAUGGUGAUGGUAGCAAUUCAUAUUGGCAAAGCUUCGAACACCCGACAGACACGUACUUACCUGGCAUGAGAGUCAGGGUGAAUCCUGUGGCUGGAGAGAACCGUGCCUUUAGGUCGUGGAAAUCAUUGGAUGACCCUUCCUCCGGGGACUUCUUUAUGGGCGUCGAUCCCCGGUUGCCGCCGCAGAUAGUGAUCUGGGGCCAGUCAGGCCGGGAAUGGAGGAGCGGGCAUUGGAAUGGGGUGAUUUUUACCGGAGUGCAGAAUAUGACUGGCAAUUUUCAAUACGGGUUCAAGCUCUCGGACAUCGAUGCAGAUGGAAACAUGUACUUCACGUACACAUCGUCAAAUAGCUCCAAUCUCUUGAUGUUCCGUAUACUUUGGAAUGGGAAGGAGGAGCAGUUGGGCUGGGAUGAGACUAGUAAUGAGUGGACUGUGCUGCAAGAACAGCCUGCUAAGGAAUGUGACCUCUAUAAUAAGUGUGGAAAUUUUGCAAUAUGUAAUGAAAUGGACUCUCCCAAAUGUAGUUGCAUGGAAGGGUUCAGUCCAAAGUCACCGGAUCAAUGGAACAGGGGUAACUGGUCCGCGGGUUGUGCUCGGAAGACCCAAUUACAGUGUCGGGACAACAGCAGCAUUUCAGUGGGAGAUGGCAGCAGGAUGGACGGCUUUUUGAAAUUGGAUGGCGUGAAGUUGCCAGAUUUCGCAGAUUCUAUUUCAGCCUCUAGCACGGAAGAGUGUGAGGCGAAGUGUCUGGAGAAUUGUACGUGCGACGCUUAUGCAUUUGCUAUAGGCAUCGAGUGCCUGCUGUGGAGCGAGGAAUUGACAGAUGUGCAGCUUAUUGACGAGGGUGGACUGACCCUCCAAAUUCGUCUCGCCAAUUCUGAAUUAGGAACAAAGAGCAAAAUAUCGAACCUGUUCAUAAUAAUUAUUGUCUUGGUUGGAGCGUUUGUUCUUGGUGUAGCAGUAUGGUUGUUGCGGAGGUUCAAGGACAAUUUGAAAGUGAACUUUAAAUACAGGAUUCUCAUUUUUCACCGGAAAAACAAGGAACUUCCCUUGUCUCACGAUUUUGUUGAGAACGGAGAGCUAUCUGCUGAAUUAUCCAGACCAAAUGGUCUGGCUAGAGAUGAUAAGCAAGUAGGAGGAGCUGACAUACCAGUGUUCAACUUCAGUACUAUCGAAGCUGCAACAAACUUCUUUUCUGAAGAAAACAAGCUCGGACUGGGAGGAUUUGGUCCUGUAUACAAGGGAAAGCUUUUUGGAGGACAAGAAAUAGCUGUUAAGAGGCUUUCAAGGAAGUCGAGCCAGGGGCUUGAGGAAUUUAAGAACGAGGUUAUGUUAAUUGCAAAAUUACAACACAGAAAUCUCGUGGGACUCCUUGGAUUUUGCGUUCAAGGGGAAGAUAAGAUGCUCGUUUACGAGUACAUGCCCAACAAGAGCUUGGAUUGUUUUAUUUUUGAUCCAGUGAUGCGAGCACAACUAGAUUGGAAGAAACGUUUCGAGAUUAUUGAAGGGAUAGCACGAGGCCUCCUCUAUCUCCAUCGAGACUCUAGACUAAGGAUUAUCCAUCGUGACCUAAAAGUUAGUAACAUUUUGUUGGACAAAGAAAUGAACCCGAAAAUAUCAGAUUUUGGCAUGGCGAGAAUUUUCGGUACAAACGAAAAUGAAGCGAGUACCAAUCGAGUGGUUGGCACAUAUGGUUAUAUGUCUCCAGAGUAUGCGAUGGAAGGUCUAUUUUCUGUCAAAUCCGAUGUGUACAGUUUUGGGAUAUUGUUAUUGGAGAUCAUUAUUGGCAAGAAAAACUUAGGGUUUCACACGCCAGAACAUUCUAAUCUUAUCAGCCAUGCAUGGCAUCGUUGGAAUGGAGGGAAGGGGAUUGAGCUUAUUGAUCCCUGUAUCAGGGAUUCAUGCUCUACGGAUGAGGUAUUGCGAUGCAUACAAAUCGGUCUGUUGUGCGUGCAGGACUCCACCGUAGAUAGACCGGCCAUGCCUUCUGUUGUGCUACUAUUAGGAAGCGAAACAGUGGAUCUUCCAAUCCCGAAACUACCCAUGUCAAUCUCGAUCACGGCUCCAUGGAUACUUAUUCUUUGUUCGAAAGCCAAGAAAUCGAGUCAUCCAAUGGCAUUACAGUUAGCUCCGUGGAUGGUAGAUAGGGCCAACGCAAUGUAUUAAAUCUUUCUCUUCCUCUGCUCCUGAGAUCUUUACGACUAGAAAAGUGUUCUUGAAAUUGUGCGGAUGUACUUCUGUUUAAAGGAUGCACGCGAAAUAGAAAAAUUACAACUCGAUUUCUUGGUUUUGAUAUUGAAAGCGUCUUGAUUGCUCUUGA